GGUGGCAUCCCUCAUCCAGUUUUCGACACACCUUUCUCAGCUUGAGGAGUUUACCAAUGGUGGCACAAGGGGGUGGAUAACGAGAUGUAGGUGAAGCUCUUUACUCUCUUUGCUUCUCUCUUUCUUGAUGGUAUAGAUGAAACAGAGAAGGGUGGCUGCGGAGAAAGGAUAACAGCGGCGGCGGAUGCGGGUGACCUGGUGGGGGGUGGAAGAGAAGAGCAGAGAAAGGUUUGGUUGGGUCGUGUGUUGCGGGCUGCUGCGGCUCGGGCGCGACAGUUCUGCCCCAACCAGCGCCGGUAGACCUUCGUUGCUUAUUUUCUCUUUUUUUCUCUCUCUCUCUUCUCUCUCUCUCUCUCGCCCUUCCUCCAAAAUUCCUUUCUCUCCAAAAAAAACCUAAAAUUUUUGCAACCCUCCUCAAAUUCCAUUAUUCCAAAAAGAAAGUUCGAACACUCUCCGCGUGUCCUCAUCCAUGUCACGCGCCUCCCGCUUUGACUUCGACGAUAUGGCCACCCUGCAAAACUUAGACACGCAUGCGAGCCACCAGCCGCGGUUUAUUUAACGCGGGCCAAGGUUGACACGAAAGAGAGAGAAACCAGAACAAACGCGAAUUCAGAUUUACUCGAAACUUUGAUCCAAAUCGUGCGUGACAUUUUCGCGGAUUAUAAAAAAAAAUUGUCUCAAGGUUACAGUAAAUAUUACAAAUCAAGUUCAACUUCGAUCAUGCAACACGGGAGGUGACGAAACAAAAACUUUAGGAUUAUAAAAUAAUCUGUAGAAGUAGAAUUUAAAUUUUUGGAUAAACAAGAUUAGAAUUUUAAAAAAAAAACCCGGCCGGGUAGGUUGGAAACUUUCAGAAAACUAGUAUUCAAAAAGUAUACUAUAUAUACGUAAUGUUGUACAGGAUUCUUCAAGCCUAGUUUAUCCUUUCAGACAAAAAGGAUAAUUAAAAUUGUCGUGGGAAAAAUUUAACCCGAACUAAAGGACUUUAAGGAACUCGACAGAACAACAGAUUCCUAUCAGGAAACUACGAAUCCCUAGUCGAUGAAUGUAGAAACACUUCGUCACUGACAAACCGAAUUACCUCUAGCUCUAAUCGCAAUUUUACUAAGUAUACGACUCUAAUUCAUAAGGAAGAAAUUUUGAAACAUUUGGUCAACAUUUUUAAAAAUCAAUUUUCAAUCCUUGAUACUUUUCAGAUAUUACGAGUUGAAUUUAAACGGAUUUUAAUUUAACAAAUAUUUCCCGAAAGGGCAACAUUCAUGAUAUUGCCAAAAAGGGUUUCAAGAAGGAAGAAAAAUAUCAAAAUUGAUAUCUGAAUAUAAAAGAAAUGUUAUGUGGAAAAUACUCCUGGACAAAAAUUGGAAAAAGAAUAGAAAAAUUUAACAAACGAGGAAAAUUUUUCGAAACAAUCAAGAAACCUCUUGAUGUACAAAUAGAAGAUAAAAUAAAAAUCUGGAAUUUUAAGCCUAAGAGAAGAUUUUAAAUAAGAUUUAGAAAAAAAAAUUUAGUUUGAAAGAAUCAAGUUUAUUAUCAAACAGAAUUAAUUCAAUCGCAAUCAGAAAGAAUCGUAAAAGUAAGAUACAAAAAUUGUCCCCCCAAAUAAUCAAAACUAAAGGAAUAAACCCAAAGUAAUAAACUUAGCAAAAAAACAUUUAAGACAAAAAUAAAAUAAGUUCUAGAUAAUGUGAAAAAGUUACGAAACAAAAUUAAGAACAUCCGAAAGAUACGAAAAAAAGAGCUUAAAGAACAAAGAUCCAUUUGAGAUAACAAUAAAUUCAAGAAGAAGAAAAGUGAACGAAAUACCCAAAAUUAGGUCUAUAGAAACUGCUAAAUUUGUGUGUUUUGAAAAUAAAAACAUCUAGUUUAAAUAAACCUUGUUGGAAUAAAAGGAAAAAAUAAAAUUUGACAAACAAAUUUCUUUAAUUCGAGUCAAUAACGAAAAAAAAGUGUUAAAACGAGGCGUGAAACGAAAAAAAGGAAAAAAAAAAGUCAAACAACAUUCGAACGCAUUCGAACUUGUAAUGAAAAGGUAAAAAAAAGGUGUAAAAAAUAGGGGGAAAAAAUAUCAGAAAACAAUCAAGAGGACAAAAAAAAGGUUUUAUGGAAAUUUUCCAUUUACUGAAAUUAUUGAAGAAAAGGAGAUUAUAACGGAUUAAAUCUGUGAAGAGUAAUUAAAGGUGUAAAAAAAAAGGUUAUGUACUGCAUAAGUGUGUCGUGCAGUUGUGGUGGAGUGGAUAAUGGUCGAGGAGAGAGAUGAGAUUUGGGUGGGAAAGUGGGAGAGAAGAAAGAGGAAGAUCAAGAUCAAAAAAGGUGCAACUUGGAGAGAAGAGCCAUGUCAUGGGAGUCCAUCGCGUCCAGGGAUUACCUUGGUGGAUCUUCAAGUCAUCAAUUAUCAAUAACAGCGUUACUGGGGAGUCCAGAUGGUUCUCGGCAUCCCCUCGAUUGUUACGAAUUCGCAGAAGAAGACUAUCAACAACUUGAAAAUGGAAAUGGAAAUGGUCAACAUCAUAAUACAAGAAGUAGUAUUGGCAUUUGGGAAUGUCUUAUUAGCUGUAGGCAUCGACUCGAUCAACAACUAGCAAGGCGAAGGGUGGAACAGGGGCUGAAAUUAUAUCGAGCUCACAAACAACAAGCUGCUGUGCGCAAAUGGAGAGGUGCUCUAAAAAGUAUUAGGCAACGUGAAGACAAAUUUGCUCUGCUUGGCUACCUUUACCAAGCUUACAUGGAUUGGGGAAAAUACAGAGACAGUAUAGACUUCGGCCAGAGACAACUUUGUAUUUCAGAAGAAUUAGACUCUCCUAAUAUGAGAGCUGAGGCGUACUUGAAUCUUGCAAGAGCUCAUGAAAGACUGGGGGCGUUAGACAAAGCUUUAGCUUUCGCCAGACACAGCUUAUACAACGAAUGUGACCAAUGUGCCACUGCUGGUCUUGUUCACUUAACUGUCGGUCGGGUUCAUUUGGAACUAGCGGGAUUUUGCAAAGCCUUAGAAGCCUUCCAAAGGGCGCAUAAAAUUGCGCAUUCCAUUCAAGAUCCCUCUUUAGAGUUACAAGUGUACGUCGGUUUGUCAGAACUGUUCUGCAGAUUACAGGAUGCAGACAAAAGUUCGCGAUAUGCAGCGAGAGCUUAUGACUUAUCAAGGAGCUUACAACUGGGAGAUUUAAAUUCUAGGCACCAUCGAGCUGCAUUGCUCCAAAUGGCUGCUGCUCUUAGAAAAAAGGGCGAGCUUGGUGAUGCUCAUGAUUACUGUUCGGAGGCAACACGCUUAUCUUUGGUUUCUGGAGAUCAAGCCAGUUAUGCUCGAAGUAUACGAAUCAUGGGAGAUAUUUAUAGAAAAAAGUCCGAUAUAAAUAAGGCGUUUCGCCAAUACGAAAGUGCCAUGGGAUCUGCUGCAGCCACUGGAGAUCGUUUAUGUCAAAUGGAAGCUAUGGAUGGUGCAGCAAGGUGUCUCGAAAUACUUAGGGUACAGAAUAAAAUUUGCAACUGUCGACCUCUUGAGUUUAAUACUCGACUAUUGGAAGUUGCCGGAUCUGUUGGAGCGAAGCUUCUAGUGAGAACAGUAAGAUGUCGAUUAUCUCGAAUCUAUGCAUCAUUAGGAGAUGAAGAGCAAAAAAGUCAUCAUGAAAGAUUAGCAGCAACGAUGGAAGAAGACUUAGAAUUACGUUGUGGAAGCUGCAAUGAACCUUUCGGACUUGAAGCAGAUUCCCUAGAGGCUUUGCCUUGCUCACAUAUUUUACAUGCCAGGUGUGCAUACGACAUUUUAAAACGAAGGGACAAGAAAAAGAAGCGUUUAUGUCCCGAUUGCCAUAAAUCCGUCAGUUCUCGACUGUACCUUCAUUGUGACGAUCCUCAUGGAAUGAAUCCUUUGAAUCAGAGUUCCUUAAGUUUAGCAUCGUUACGAGCAAGUAGUUUAGCAACUCUUGAAGAUUGUCACGCAACCAGCAGUGUUUAAGAAAAUUUAAAAAAAAAAUAUAAUCGGUGCCAAUGAUUUUACGGGUAAUUAGGGCUUUGUACAAAAUAAUUGACGUACUUUGCAAUGACAUAACAGGGUUUGACGUCAUUUUUUUAAUUUUUAUUUUUUAUUCAUCUAUUUUUCAGUUUUUGAAAAAAAGCUUCCUCUACAUUAUUUGUUCUCAAAUCAGUAAAAAAAAUAUUAUUAGAAAAUUUUUUGGUUUUUUUUUGUAAUUAUUUUAUUAUUAUACAUCUUAGAUAAUAUUUUAUUAUAAUUUAUUUAUUCAAAUGCAAAAUUUGGAGACACCUUGUGAUCAGAAUACAAAAAUUAAAAUUUUUUUUUUUUAUUCAAAUUCAGUACGCAAUAUGUUGUACAAAUUAAGUGAAAAGUAAGACUGGAAAAGGUACGCAAUUUUCGUUAAUAUGAAAAGUUCCUAUCAUUAAUUUUAUUACUUUAUUUAUUUUUUAUAUUUAGUUUUUCAAGAAAGCAUAAAAAUAAUAUAGAACAUUAUUUUAAUUGACGUUGCAUUUUUAUAAUUUUUUCUACCUACAAAUAAAUUUAUAAUAAGUUUUCCACAUUUGCCGAUAUAAACUAUAAAAUGGCAAAAAUAAUUUUAUUAAAAAAUAAUAAUAGAAUAUUUCUUUUCUUAUAGAAAAUUCAGUAUUCUUUGUUAAAACCCUAUGAUAAAAGAUUCUGUUUUAAAAAAAAUAUUAAAAUAUUCUUUAUUAAAAGAGAAGAAUAAAAUUCUAUUAAUACUCGCAUACAAUACAGAAUUCUUUGUUGGAUCAUAAUGAAAGAUUCUUUUAUCAAAAAAAAAGAAAAAUAUAUUUCUGAUUAAAGUUUAUUAUUCUAACAGUUAACUAUUUCAAAAAAGUAUAUAAAAUUCAUUUUUACUGAAAAAA